AUGACAAUCACGAACUUCGAACCUGUUGGUGGUCAGGCUCGAACCGAUAAGAACGUAACAAUGGUCGUUCUUCGGGAGUCACCAUGGUUUCAGGUGCCUUUUCCUGGUCAAUUUGGUAUGCCAAAAUGGAGCAUGGGAUUAUGUUUGGGAUAUGUGGCAUCAUGUAUGGCUAGCGUCAUCGAAAAUAUCGGCGCCUAUGAUCUUUUGGCUCGAGUCUCACAGCAAAGAUCGCCUCCGAAGAACGCUGUCAACCGUGCCAUCAUGGUUGAAGGUCUCGCCAGUAUGUUUGCGGCAGUAAUGGGUGUGUGUACAGGUGUCACUACAUAUGCGGAAAACAUCGCUCUGAUUCAUAUCACCAAGGUGGCCAGCCGAACGACCAUGCAAAUCGCCGGUGUUAUUUUGAUUCUCCUAGGUCUAUUCACCAAGAUGGCCGCCUUGUUAGCCUUCGAUCCCAGACGCAUUAGUCGGCGGUGUUCUCAUGAUGGGAAUAUCCAUGAUUGCUGGUGUGGCAAUGAGCAAUCUACAGUUGAUUGA